CUUUCACACAGCUGGGAGCCCUGCAGAAGUAAGGUUCUGGGGAGAAGGACUGAACCUCACCCCCUCUUGGUGCCCCUGGAGUGGAACCCAGGCGUCUGACCCGCUGUCUGGUGGUGUGGACGGAGUUCUACUCGGGCCCGCCCCGCACAGCCCAGCGCUGCCCACCGGUUGGGUGCUGUCCCUGCGCGCGCCUCUGCUGCGGCCGGGCGGUUGGGACGCGCUGGCUCCUUCCUGCGCACCAACCCAGCGGGUGCUUUGCCUUCGAUGCUCCAGGAAGCGGCCACUGUAGGAGCCUCUUCCAUCUGCACCUGUUGUAGCUAGCGAUCCCGCUCAUCCUGCUGCUGGGGGACUCACCGGGCUGCAGCGUGGGUCACCUUUUUGCCGGAGACAUCGCAGAUGGAUGCCAUCUAUGGAGAUCUCUUUUGGUGCCUGGACUAUGACGAAGAUGAAAUGCUGGACAUCUUUGAACUUCAUGAAGGCCUGGAGGAUGUAGAUUUCCACCAGUCCCUGGAGGAUGAGCAGAAAAUUUUUAAUACUGGAGAUGUCAACAAGGAUGGAAAGCUGGAUUUUGAAGAAUUUACAAAGUACCUUAAAGACCAUGAGAAAAAAAUGAAAUUGGCAUUUAAGAGUUUGGACAAAAAUAAUGAUGGAAAAAUUGAGGCUUCAGAAAUUGUCCAGUCGCUCAAGAUACUAGGUCUAAAUGUUUCUGAACAACAAGCAGAGUUGAUUCUUCAAAGCAUUGACGCUGAUGGGACCAUGACAGUGGACUGGAAUGAAUGGAGGGACUAUUUCUUAUUUAAUCCUGUGACAGACAUUGAGGAAAUUGUCCGUUUCUGGAAGCAUUCCACGGGAAUUGACAUAGGGGACAGCAUAGCUAUUCCGGAUGAAUUCACGGAGGAAGAGAAGAAGUCUGGACAGUGGUGGAGGCAGCUGCUGGCGGGUGGCAUCGCUGGGGCUGUCUCCAGGACCAGCACUGCACCUUUAGACCGCCUGAAGGUCAUGAUGCAGGUUCAUGGUUCAAAAUCAAUGAACAUUUUUGGUGGGUUUCGGCAGAUGGUAAAAGAAGGAGGUAUUCGUUCCCUUUGGAGAGGAAAUGGCACAAAUGUCAUUAAAAUUGCUCCGGAGACAGCUGUUAAGUUCUGGGCCUAUGAACAGUACAAGAAGUUGCUUACUGAGGAGGGACAAAAAAUAGGAACUUUUGAGAGAUUUAUUUCUGGUUCCAUGGCUGGAGCAACUGCACAGACGUUUAUUUACCCCAUGGAGGUUUUGAAAACCAGGUUGGCUGUGGGCAAAACUGGACAGUACUCUGGAAUAUAUGAUUGUGCCAAGAAGAUUUUGAAGCAUGAGGGCUUCAGCGCUUUUUACAAAGGUUAUGUUCCCAAUUUGCUGGGCAUCAUCCCUUACGCAGGCAUAGACCUCGCUGUGUAUGAGCUCUUGAAAUCCCACUGGCUGGACAAUUUUGCAAAAGACACUGUCAACCCCGGCGUCAUGGUGUUGCUGGGCUGUGGAGCCUUGUCCAGCACCUGUGGGCAGCUGGCCAGCUAUCCCUUGGCUUUGGUGAGGACUCGCAUGCAGGCUCAAGCCAUGGUAGAAGGCGCUCCUCAGCUGAACAUGGUUGGCCUUUUUCGACGAAUACUUUCCAAAGAAGGACUCCCCGGACUCUACAGGGGCAUCACCCCAAACUUCAUGAAGGUGCUCCCGGCUGUGGGCAUCAGUUAUGUGGUGUAUGAAAACAUGAAGCAAACUUUAGGUGUCAUCCAGAAAUGACAUGUUGAACUUUUCCCUUUAGCAUGAUUAUUGGAAUUGUCUACAUGCUCUGGAGUGACUUCUAGAAUUGCAACAAGAUGAUGGCAAAAGAAGCUGUGGUUUUAAUUGUUUUUCCACAAAGGGGAAGAGCUUAUCAAUGAUCACUUUAGACAUUUGGGUUCACUUUCAUAUAUUCAGCAAUGUUGAAAAUCAUUGUUUUAGUAAGUUUUGGAAAAGUCAUGAAAUUGUACUCUAUCUUUUCUGAUUAGUCCUUCUGCAGAUCUGUGGCCCUGAAUGCUAAAUUGGAAAAUGUUCUUGCUUGAACUUAUUUGUUUUGUGUGGUAGAAUUAUAAGUCACUAAUCUUUCAAAUGUAUGCCAAUUUCUUUUUACCUAAGGGUCUAUUUAAAAAAAAAACAGAAAAAAAUGACCAGAAAAGCGAGACUUAAAUUGUUUCACAUAUUUUGAAUGUCUUCAUAGAUGUCUUAAACUUGUCUUAUAGAAUGAGUAAUAGAAAAUCAUUGCAUUUAAAAUAUACUUUAUAGCAGCUAAAUAACUAUAGGGUUUAACAUCCUUAUCUUUUCUUUAAGUAGAAAAGGAAGGAAUAUAGGGACAAAAUCUGUACAAAGGAACAAUGAAAUAAUAUUUAUUUCAGAGCGGGUAUUUUUUCAUUUUGCUUGUACUGUUCCUGGUAUUACAGUGAUCGUCACAUUAUUGUUAAAUUAUCAACACAAGAUAUUUACAUGAAGAUUGUGUUUGUUCUACCAUUGCUUUUAAGAAGAAGCGCUUUUCCCUGUAUCUGUUUUGAGGAGCAUCUCUCUUUUGUUUACCUAUUUUUUGGAUCAGAUUCUGUUUUAUCAGGAAGGCUUCUUGGGACUAUCCUUGGUCAUCCAAAAUUUCUCUCCUAGUGACAUCAAGUGUUCAUCCGGGUGAAUGACAUGCCUGUUUUCCCUUCAAUGCUGAAUUUUUUGAACCUGCCGUUCUUAAUCCAGGCAGCAUCCUGAAGCUGAGAAUAGCACAUAGUAAGAGUAGCCUAUUUUAAUUGCCUACAUUAAACGGAAUGCCCAAUUUGUAAACAUAUACAUCCAGAUUUUUCACUUGCCUCAAGUUUUAGGAACAAUGUGAUUGAAAGCCUGAUUUAUAAUACCGGUGGCAUUUAAAAUUUUUUACUGAAGUCAUUUUCAUAGUCAACUAUUUUCCUGAUUUAUGUGAUUAGAACUUACAAUUAGUUGAAGUUAUCCUUAAUACUUUUAAACUUAGCUCCUAAGUGCAUUUGAUUCUAGUAAUUCAUUGUAAAAGGCCAUCAUUUUCAUGAAUGUGUAGUGACAAAAGAGGCAUUUACUUUUUUUAAACCUACUUCUUUUAUCUUUUGAACCAAAGAGAAAGGACAGACUUGUGUUUGUGGAACAUAUUCUAAAUUAUAGUUUCAUUUAUAUUACUUAUGCCUGGUAUGUGUAUCAGCAUUUUUAUACUACAUUUGGUAAGCCAGGGACUCUAUCUACAGGGUUAUUUGUACUUUUGAGUAACACAUAAAAUGACAUAUUAAGUGCAUAAUUAGUUCUUUUUUUAUUCACAAAAAUUACAGAAACAAAUAAUUGUGCCAAGAUUUUUAAAAUUUCAAGCUGGUGAAAGUAUUCUCACUUCAUUAUGAAUUUAAAUUGUUUGCUAGUGAACAUUUGUGCAGCAUGAAUGUGGUUUAUCUGUGCAUCUUCUAUCUUUUGAAACAAUAAUUUUAUAUCUUUUGGAAAAAAGACCCAAGCUGAAGAUAGCUUAUUUCUGGCAUUACUGCAUAUUUACUUCCCAUUUAUAUUAAAAAUAUGCUUGUUUUUAAAAUGACUUGUUUCCUAAUUUUGAAAAGAACUUUAAAUAAUGUAGAAACGGACCCACUGCUGAGAUCAUCAAUGGUUUGGAAAUACUUUUUCACACCCGGCUUCAGGUGGUCAUUGUAAAUAUUUGGCC